UUUUACAUUUGUGUUGUGGUUGUGACAUUGUGAUUUGUUGAGAAUUUUGUGAAAUAGCAACUUUUAUUAAUUAUAAAAAAUAAUCAAUUAUAAAAACACAAAAGGCAGCAGUGUUUUCAAGCAUAUAAUAAAAUAAAAAAUUUAAAAUGGCUUUGGCUAUGCAAAGAAAGGCCAAUGUGCGUCUACCACCAGAAAUUAACAGAAUUCUCUAUGUGAGAAACUUACCUUACAAAAUAACUGGAGAAGAAAUGUACGAUAUAUUUGGUAAAUACGGAGCAAUUCGACAAAUUCGAGUAGGGAAUACUCCUGAAACUCGUGGAACAGCAUUUGUUGUAUUCGAAGAUAUUUUUGAUGCUAAGAAUGCUUGUGAUCACCUAUCAGGAUUCAACGUCUGUAAUCGAUAUCUCGUCGUUUUAUAUUACCAAGCAAACAAGGCUUUCAAGAAAACCGACAUUGACAAAAAACAAGAAGAAAUUGACAAAAUGAAAUCAAAAUAUGGUAUCAGUACUUAAAAAUGCAUAGUUUUUUCAUAGAAGUGGUGUUUUACACUAUAGACUAUUGAUAACCUUGAUCUAAGCAUUUAUGAAGAUUUAUGUAUUAAUUUUAUAAAUUUGGAUUAAAAUAUAUUUAUUGU